GUCUGCUUUUAAUGUAACACUCAAGCAAGUCUAACUAACCUCUCGUAAGCUGCCAUAAUAACCUUUCUUCAAGAUAUCUUAACAUAUCGUUACGCUCAUAUUUUAGUAUGAUUUAAUACUCUUGGCUACACUACAAAAACUAAGUAAACUCCUCGUCGUCAGCUACUCGGUAAAUAUUGGCAGUUCUUUGCCCCAGAGCUGAUUAGAAGACUACGAGGUAUGAAGAUACUGCAGACUUGUGUGUCAGAGUCUAGUGAGCUGCCUACAUAGACAGUACUGAACUUCCUGAACCAAGGUUGUGACUCUCAGUGAGCUGACCACCAGGUUUAAGGGCUGAUGUGCUCUCUCUCUGUUUAGCUGCGGGAAAGUUUUUAGGGAACGAUCAGAAAGAAAGUGGCUUUUGAGUUCGAGGACCGUGUGGUCACGCCCACUUCUAAAUAUUUCUACUCGAUUAGCUUUCAGUCGAGCCCGAACAAAACCAAACGUUCAGUUCAAGCUGUCUUAAACAUAGCCUAUAGAGAAGUUCUGUCUUAAUUUCCCAAUCCGUGUAAAAUGCCAAAUUUAUCAUAAUUUGUCUAAGUGCGUGUGGACGUCGUAAUAAGAAGGAUGCAGAGAUGAAUAUGAAUAAAAUUGCUCUAUUCCUCAGAGCUGGGUCCUUGAUAGAGUGCCAGGCAGACUUGGCCAUGGACCAGGUCACAUUUAGAAGUGACACUGUCCUGUCUGAUGUGCAUCUGCUGUUACCAAACGCUUGCCAUCUCAUGAAGAGACUGAACAGCGUAGGACAGCCAGUCUUCACUUCGAAGUUCAGGAUUCUGCGGGAUUGCGAUGGAAAGGAGUCAGGCGGUGAGUCGCCAGUCCUUGAGAGCACUGAUGCAUCGAAUGUUCCUUGUGAUGAAGAUGGCGACCUGGAAGUGGUCAGGAGGCCCAGAUGCUCCAGCAGUAACAGGGAUGCGGUAUGUCCCAUUAUCCUAAGUCAAUCUGCAGCAACGCUGACUGACGAGGAGGAAGAUUCUGAUGAGGAGGAUGGUGCCCGUGACGUCAUUAAGAUUGAGCAUACUAUGGCGACACCUCUGGAGGAUGUAGGGAAACAGAUCUGGCGUGGUGCUUUCCUAUUGGCCGAUUUCAUCCUGGCACACGCAAGCAUGUUUAAAGACGCCACGGUCCUUGAGCUUGGAGCUGGAACAGGACUGAGCAGUAUUGUCAUGGCAAUGGUGGCCAAGAUGGUGUACUGCACAGAUGUUGGUGAUGACCUUCUGAGCAUGUGUCAGAGAAAUGUGACUCUGAACAAGCAGCACUUUGAACCCCAAGAGAGCGAAAUAAGGGUGCGGCGGCUGGACUGGAUGGCAGAUGAUUUCUGCACAGACGCUGAUUUGGACUUCUGCUGGACUGAUGCAGAAAUAGAGGACUUACAUGAUAAUACCACUUUUGUGAUCACGGCAGAUGUGUGUUAUGAUGAUGAUCUUACGGAUGCUCUGUUCAGAAUAUUAUACAGACUUGCGAGCAACAUGCGGCACCCCAGCACAACCUACAUCUCCAUAGAAAAGAGAUUAAACUUCACACUGAGGCACAUGGACGUGUCCUGUGAAGCAUAUGAUCACUUCCGCCACUGCCUAGACCAGUUACAGAAGAUGACAGAUGGAAAGAUGAAUUUCACGGUAGAGCCUGUGAAGAGCUCCUUUCCUCAGUUCUUUCAGUAUGAAAGGGUGGAACAGCUGGAACUUUGGAAGGUGACGGCAGAAAGACUUUAAUAUAUAGAACCAAAGCUUUUCAGUUUCCUUUUAAAACGAGGAUUUAUAAUGUUUGCAGAAUUAAUCUUUGUAAUUCCUAUUUUACUUAAACGUGAAAUUCAGAGUCCUUAGUUUGAUCAUUUGCUUUAAAGUUAUUUAUUAAAAACUUUAAUAAAAAAAAAGUGAAGGCUUUUCACUUUUCAUGUGAAAACGGGUGCUUUUACUGUGACCUGCUUGGAUUUUUAGCGUUAGAAAUUGUGGCAAGUUUUUUAAAGGAUCAUUGGGAGAGACUUUGGGUAAAUACUGUUGACAUGUUUUAUGAAAUUUUGAAAACAAACACAGAAUGUUUUGUUGUUGGGGUAGACUGUGUGACUGCAAAUAUACAUUUUAAGACACUGAAGAGCAUCCAUUCGUAGAUCUUUGAAGAUCUGUGUAUUUCCAUUAAAUGAAUUAUGCUUGAGCUCACAUGUUGGUGGAUAUAUAUUUUCCAAACUAAUAAGGUUGAAUGUUAUUGGUGUAUUUCCUUGUCUGAACACUAGAGUGUGCAAGAGUUGAGACAAGAACAUGCUCACCUCAUAAAGUUGAUGAGUACAAAA